AUGGCUAAUGAUUUCUGGGAAAAUGCAGUUGAAUCGAUCAAAGAGAAUGUGAAAAUGAAUAAUGUUGAGGGAAAAGUUAGACCGCAUUUUGGAGAUGCUAUGUGAGUUCUUUGAAAUAUUUUCCAACUGAAAUCAAUAUAAGUUUUGAUUCAGAAUGACGAUAAUGACUCAUCGCACAUUGGAUAAACGUUUUCACGCGGUCGACCUAGAUCCAUCUUCCUCAUUAUUUCUGGAUUCACCAGUUCAAUCAGUCGCAGACAACGAAAUUCUAAUCAUAACUUGCACGGAUUUCGCUGUUCUUUAUGGAAACACACCAGAAGCUUCUUCUUCACAAUUUUUUGGUCAAACUAGUGAAGAGGUUUUUGAGAGGAUCAGAAGAUCAGAAGAAAAUGAGAGAGAGAGACGAGAGAAUUGUGCAUUUUGAAAUGGAAGUUAGACGAAGUCAAAGGAAAUCCGAAUAGAAUGAACGGGAUUUCGAAGUAACGAGGAAUGCCAUGAAGUUCAGAGAUUUUUGUUGCGUUCGGCGAUCCUAGGAAGAGAUUUUGCAGAUAAAUUUUGAGAAAUAAUGAAAUGUUUUGUUGUUUAAAAAUUGUUGUUUCGUGUUUUAUUUGAAAUAUUCCUUGAAGUUUACAAAGAUUUGAAUUUUUCCAAUUUUUUAAAAUAUAGAAUUUGGAGGAUCGGUCAAAAAGGUGAGAUUUUUGGGGCAUAAAAAUUAGAUAAAAUAUGUUUUAAAAACUUUUACAUUCAAAUAAUGUGCAGUUGUAUAAUUUAUCAACGACUCCGGUCGAAUCGAGUCGACAAGGAAAACAAAUCGACUCGACUCAACUUCGGUGUUAA